GGAACUGUCCAAAUGGAUGAAGAUACACAUUACAACAAAGUUGAAGACGUGGUUGGAAGUCAUGUAGAAGAUGCCGUAACAUUUUGGGCCCAGAGUAUCAGUAGAAACAAGGAUAUUAUGAAGAUUGGUUGCUCAUUAUCUGAAGUUUGCCCCCAUGCCAAUUCAGUUUUUGGGAAUCUUGAUCCAAAAAAGAUAUAUGGUGGAUUGUUUUCUGAAGAUAAGUGUUGGUACAGAUGCAAAGUUCUGAAAACCAUCAGCGAUGAAAAGUGUCUUGUGAGAUACAUUGACUAUGGAAAUACAGAGAUCCUAAACCGAUCUGAUAUAGUAGAGAUUCCCCUGGAACUGCAAUUUUCAAGUAUUGCCAAAAAGUAUAGACUUUGGGGACUACAGAUUCCUUCUGGCCAAGAAGUUACCCAGUUUGAUCAGGGAAGAACCUUUUUGGGGAGCUUGACUUUUGAAAAGGAAAUAAAAAUGAGAAUUAAAGCAUCCUAUCAAGAUGGAACAAUUAUUGCUCAGGCUGAGGAUGGCACUGUUGAUAUAGGAGAAGAAGUGGCUAAGAAAGGCUUUGCAGAAAAAUACAAAAUUACCUCUGGCAUGGACAUCUGUGAGGCAAAGAAAUCAGAUUCUAGUCAGCUUUCUCUCAGGAACCUCAAGAAUCCCAUUCCCUCGUGGGGGCGCAGAUCAAACCAUUCAACCUUCAGCAGGCCAAAGGGGCAUUUUAAUGGGAAGUUGGCUCUUGAUGUGAAGUGUGAGACUAAUGCAGGAAAUCAUGUGACAUUUCCAAAGGAAAGUUUGGCUGCUGGUGACUUUAAUUUGGGGUCUAAUGUCAGUCUGGCAAAAAUUAAACAGGACCAGAAACUUAUUGAAGAGAAUGAAAAACUUAAAAUAGAGAAAGAUGUUCUUCUUGAAAAUUAUAAGGCUUUAGAACUGAAAGUUGAACAGACCGCCCAGGAGCUUCAGCAAGAGAAAGCAGCUACCAUGGAUUUGACUAAACAUUUAGAAAGUACUCUGAAGACUUGUAUAGGUACCAAACUGAAAAAUCUGGCAGCUAAGGUGGAGCUAUUGAAAGAAAUUAGGUGCAUCAGUAUCAAUGUUCAUUUCGGGAAUGACCUUUCAGAUGCUAUACAAGUGUUGGAUGAAGGAAGCUUUACUACUCUAGCUUCUUUGAAUGAAUUAGAGAAAAUUUGGUCAGAAUACAGUGUGGCUCAGGAAAAGAUUCAAACUUGUCAUAAUGAGAAUGAAGGGAAUAUUUUGAUUGCCAAAAGAAAUGAGGUACAACAGAAGCUAUUUGUGGCAGUAGAAGUUUUUAUUCUGGAAGUAGACGAAUUACCACUCGAUAAACGCCUUAAAACAUUGCAGGGUUUAUCAGCUUCUUUAGAAGCAGUGUAUGGAGAAGUCAAAGAAGGAACCAAUUCUGAAGAAAUACUUAGAGAGUUUUAUGACUGGCAGUGUAUAAAAAGAGAGGAGUUCACCAGUAUCAGGAAUGAAACUGAGAAUUCUCUGAAGCAGCUUGUGUCAUGGUUCCAGAGCAGCCAGAAGGCUUUUGAUCUGUCUUUGGAAGAAUCACUGACUUCAGAAGACAAGCUUGGCAAUAUCGACGAGAUCCUAGAGAAGACUGAAUCAUGUGUCUGCAAAGAGCUAGAGAUAUCUUUGAUUGAGCAAGGUGCUGUAGACAAGGAGAUCAUUUUAAAUACAUAUAGUCAAGUACUUCAGAAGAUCCGUACUGAGGAAAAGUUCAUUGCCACUCUGCUGUCCAAAUACAACGACAGUGUUGAGUUUAAAAAUCAGAUCAUUGACUGUUUAAAUAAGAGCCCCAGUGUGGAUUACUUAUUAUCCAUUAAGAAGACUUUGAAAGGCUUAAAAGCUCAACUGAGAUGGAAAUUGGUUGAGAAGAAUAAUUUGGAAGAUUCUGAUGACCAUGAUGGAACUGAAAUUGAGAAAAUAAAACAAGAAAUAAUCCAGUUGCGCAAUAGUGUCUUUCAGGAAAUUUAUCAUGAGAGAGAAGAAUAUGAGAAGCUGAAUAGCUUGACACAGAAAUGGUUUCCUGAACUGCCUCUGCUUUAUCCUGAAAUAGGAUUACUUAAAUAUAUGAGCUCUGGUGGUCUUCUUACUAUGAGCUUAGAACGAGAUCUUCUUGAUGCUGAGCCCAUGAAGGAACUUAGCAGCAAGCGUCCUUUGGUAUGCUCUGAAGUUAAUGGGCAGCCAGUUCUUUUAAAGGGCUACUCUGUGGAUGUUGACACAGAAGGCAGAGUAAUUCAGAGAGCAGCCUCCUAUCACAGAGCUUAUAGAGAUGCUAAGGAAGAGUCUGGGUUACUGCCGUUGAUAUUCCUGUUUUUGUGUAAGUCUGAUCCUGUAGCAUAUCUGAUGGUCCCAUAUUAUCCUAAGGCGAACCUCAGUGCAGUUCAAGCCAGUGUGCCUUUAACUUCAGAAGAAGCUUUAAAAGUCAUGAAAGGUGUUGCCCAAGGCCUGCAUACCUUGCACAAAGCUGACAUAAUUCACGGAUCACUUCAUCAGAACAAUGUAUUUGCUUUAAAUCGCGAACAAGGAAUUGUUGGAGAUUUUGAUUUCACAAAAUCUGAGAGCCAACGAACCUCAGUGAACAUGAUGGUUGGUGGUUUGAGCUUGACAUCACCUGAAUUGAAAAUGGGAAAACCACCUUCUCCAAGUUCAGACUUAUAUGCUUAUGGCUGCCUUUUAUUAUGGCUCUCUGUUCAAAACCAGGAGUUUGACACAAAUGAAGAUGGAAUCCCCAAAGUGGAUCAGUUUCAUUUGGAUGAUAAUGUCAAAUCCCUCCUCUGUAGCUUGAUAUAUUUUAGAAGUUCGAUGACUGCUGAACAAGUUUUGAAUGCUGAAUGUUUCUUGCUACCAAAGGGGAAAUCAAUUCCAAACUCAGAAAAAGAGAUUGAAUAUACUCAGUAUAACAAAGAAGGUGAAUUAAAGAUGGAGAACUUAGAUAAAGAAAAGACAAGAAAUGCUGAAGCCAACCUUGAUUGAUAGAUAGCACUCUAUUAUUGCACAUGUUCUUUAAAAAUGUUUAGUUUGCUUAGUAGACAAAAUGUUUGUAAAUCAUCUGGAACU